AUGGGCUGCUUUUCAUUGGAACUUUGGGACACCCUGUAUAAUAUAUAUACCGCUUAUAUAACGCAUCCGCGGCACGCUCGAUUUAUCGUCAUUAUUAUAUGUUUACAAUAUCGCUUUGUCGUUUUUCUUGAGCGCGUGCCGCUUUUCCGAACAAUAAGCGAAUAACCAUGGAGUUUCAAUUGGGUUUCGUCAUCACAUCGAGGACACACUGAAAAAUUUUGCACUUACCCGUUAUAUUUUCCAAUUUGAAUCGGCACGAAUGGUAA